AUGGAUGAUUUACUGGGGCCCACUAGAGUCACUCGACGACCAGCAGGACAACAGGUGAUACAGAUGGACUCCAUGCAAGCGGUUUUGUCGCCGUCGAUGACACCAGGAUGGAACGAUCCGCCGAACUUGGGAGUCGCUUCGAAUCGUCUCGCACAACUUCGAAGACGUCCGGUUGACCCGUCGUUAUCGGGCGUCUCACCAGGAGGGAAUAUUGCGCCACAAAUUACAGGAAAUGUUCGAGGCCAUGAAGGUCAUCAGUAUCACGGAGUGUAUGGUGAUGGGUGA